AUGGAACCUGUAUCAGGUUUCGACGAUUCGUCAACUAUACCAACAUCUCCACCAUUACCAUUCGUGGAUAAUCCAUCAUUAUCCCAAUUGUCGGCAUUACUAACGCAAUCCGUAAUCAAUUUUACCGAAACAAGUUCAUCUUGCGAGUCAACUUCCACCUCUGAUUUAACAUCGAGAGACGCCGACUUACAUCCAUUUGACUAA